AUGCCCAGAACCCGGGCUUCCCCAGAAGGCACAGCUGCUGAGCCACCUCACCCCAAACGCCGCAGACUACCCGACGACGACGCCAGUUCAAUGCCGCGAUAUAGUUCACCUGCCGAAGACAUGAACCGCGACGAAGACACAACAGCAGACGAAGGUCGAUCUCCUGCCCAUAGGCCGCUAGCGCGCCGCGACCGUCUCCCUACAAGCCCAAACAGGGCCAGGGAUGCGAGCGCAAGUAGAAGCAGAAGCCCAAAUGGAAGAAGCGGAACCAGAAGCAUCAGUCCCCGUUCUGACGAAGAUGAUCAACAACGACGAUACCGCUCCAGGUCAUCAUCCAGGUCGCGAUCCAGAUCCUCGUCGCGCUCGAGGAGUCGCUCCUACUCACGCUCUCCAACCCGAUCCCGAUCCCCUCCCUCUCGAUCGCGCUCCCGGUCACGCUCUCGAACAAGCUCGACACGCGACCGCUCCCGUUCCGUAUCGCCCUCUCGCUUUCGAGAUCGCCGGCCUUUCAAGUCACAUGCCCAGAGCCUUCGACCGAACUACCGACCCCGCCUACAGCUAAGCGGCCAUAUCGCUGCCAUCAGCCAGGUCCGAAUAUCACCAGACGGAAAAUGGAUCGCCUCCGCUUCCGCCGACGGGAGCGUCAAGAUUUGGGAUGCUAAGACGGGCGAAAACCUCGACACUCUUAUAGGCCACAUGGCAGGCGUCUCAUGCCUGGCAUGGGCACCGGACAGCAACACUCUGGCCACCGGCUCAGACGACAAGGCCAUCCGUCUCUGGGACCGGGUGACUGCUAGUCCCGCUCACGCUUGUGGGGACGAAUCGAAUCGCGGCCAGGGCCCACGAGAGUACAUCAGGGGCAGCGGCCAGCUUGCUAGGACAGCACGCGGCGGUAGAACGGGAAUGGGUCCUUUACUUGGACAUCACAACUACGUUUACUGCCUCGCCUUCUCGCCAAAAGGGAACAUUCUGGCCAGCGGGAGUUAUGAUGAGGCCGUAUUCCUGUGGGAUGUGCGAGCUGGUCGGUUGAUGCGAAGCUUGCCCGCUCACAGUGACCCAGUGAGCGGGAUCGGCUUCUGCUGCGACGGGACGCUGGUCGUCAGCUGUUCAACGGAUGGGCUCAUUCGAAUAUGGGACACCUCCACCGGCCAAUGUCUCCGAACGCUCGUCCACGAGGACAACCCCGCCGUCACCAAUGUUUGCUUCAGCCCGAACGGCCGCUUCGUACUAGCCUUUAACCUCGAUAAUAGCAUCCGACUUUGGGACUACGUGUCAGGAACCGUCAAAAAGACAUACCAGGGCCAUAAAAACAGCGGGUUCUCUAUAGGCGGAGGUUUUGGCGUGGUGACCGACAACAAGAAUACACAGGACGACUACCGACACGGCAAUAGGGGGAAGCCGUUUGUUGUGUCGGCAAGUGAGGACGGAGAUAUCGUGAUGUGGGAUGUGGUCACCAAGCAAAUCGUACAGCGCAUCGAGAAGGCUCAUGAGGGGGUGUGUUUCUGGGUAGAUGUGAAUGGCGACACUAUGGUGAGUGCUGGGCAGGAUUGCACCAUCAAGGUUUACAAGAAUGUGCGGAGGAUAAAGGAAAAGGACAACCGCCGGCGAACACUCGAGAAGCCGAAUGGUAUCGAUGGGACAAAUGGCCAUGGUGAUGGCAGAGGAACUGAUUCCGACGAAGCUGUGGGGGAAGAACGCCUUUAG